GUCAAAAAAGGCACUGCUGGGAUUCGAACCCAGGAUCUCCUGUUUACUAGACAGGCGCUUUAACCAACUAAGCCACAGCGCCAGGUGCCCGCUCAGGCCACAGCUAUCAAAUUGAAUCGACAGCAACUAGAGGCUGCUAUCUUGUGGAAUCACCACCACCAUAAUCUCAGGGAAAUCAACACCACAGUAGGGCCACCUCUUUUUCCUGAUCUGAACAUCUGGCUCCUUGGGGCGGCAACCAUCAGACAAGAUGGCCGCAACGCCAGAGACCGUGUCCAACGGAGAAGGGCCCAUGCACGAGGAGAAAGACGACACCCUCAGGCCCGAUGAUUUAUCAGAGAUGCUGGCUGCUGGUACCAAAGAAGUCCAUGAAAAGGCAGAGAACACACAAUUUGUGAAGGACUUCCUGAGGGGUAGAAUCCGCAAAGAGCUCUUCAAGCUGGGCGCCGUAGCUCUCUACUACACCUACACAGCCAUGGAGGAGGAAAUCGAGAUCAACAAAGAGCACCCCCAUUUCGCCCCGCUGUAUUUCCCGGUCGAGCUGCACCGCCACGAGGCUCUGGCCCGCGACCUGGAAUACUUUUACGGCCCCCAAUGGAAGAGCGAGAUCAGCUGCUCCCCGGCCACACAACGCUACGUGGAGCGCAUCCACCGAGUGGGCCAGGAGGACCCGGCGCUCCUGGUGGCCCAUGCCUACACCCGCUACAUGGGCGACCUGUCCGGGGGCCAGGUGCUGAAGAAGGUGGCGCAGAGAGCCUUGAAGCUCCCUCCCACGGGAGAGGGCCUGGAGUUCUACCAGUUCGACGCCAUCGACAACGCCAAGGCCUUCAAGCAGCUUUACCGUAGCCGCAUGAACGAGCUGGAACUGGACGUGGAGACCAAGGAGAGCCUGGUGGACGAGGCUGUCAAGGCCUUCCAGUUCAACAUGGAGGUUUUUGACGAGCUGGAGGAAAUCGGGAAAACCUUCCAAGAAGAAGUCUCCGAAGCAGGAAUGCCCGUUCAUGGAGAUACGGGAGGUGACAUCAGCAAAUGUCCCUACUAUGCUGCCAAAAUAGUAGCAACAGGUGGGACGGCGUACGCGUGUCAACUGGCCAUGGCCAUCCUGCGGCACCCCACAGGGCAAGUCCUCAUCGCCGCGUGGUUCGCUGCUUUAGCCGGCGUGGCUGCCUGGUAUCUGAUGUGAGGAGGGAAAACACCGAAGGGCGGGAUGCUGGAAGAAGGCCUCAGGCUCAAAGACCAAGUCAAGUGUAUUGAAAGCAGCCUCGUGCAGCCGUCGGAAAUCUGCCUGGAUGUGAUAUUCCAAUGUGUUAACCUGAUUAACCCCUCACCCUGUCUAUUAUUUUUUCUACCUCCUUUGCACCAUCCGUCCGUCCUGUGAUGUCAUCACAUCAGGUUUUCUCACUUUCCCCUAACUUGACAGAUGAUCGAAGCACAGGUCUUGAUGAUGUUUAAUGAUAAUUACUUGGUUAAAACAUACUAUGCACAUGUUGCGGAUGAGCGUUCUUAAUGAGUGUUUUUGGCUCGAUUUGACUCAGGAAAGAAGACGGUUUUACCAAUAGAGCGGUUUAUUCCUUACACAUAAUACUAUUUGAUAUUGCAGUGUGCUAAACAGUUGAUGUACUGCUAAAAUAAAAAAUGAUUACAUUUGAUCAUUCCUACACGGGCCUUUCAUGUUAACUAUUUCCUCACGUAUCCAUUUAUGCAAGUGCAGAGAUAAAUAGAUGGGAUAAAUAUUUUUUUCUUAUCACAUAUAUUAAAAAAUAUCCCAAGUAAGAUCUGGUUAGUAGAAUAUUGUACAAUUUAUUAGAAGAAUCUAUAGAUGUGCUUUACAGAUGUCAUCUCAGCUAUGCGCAAGAUCGCAAUCCGUUUUAUUUAUUGGAUUGGACAAUAAUGAAUGGGAUAUAAAAGAGCAACGGAGGAAUUGUGGUAUGAUGCUUUGACAAGUGAAUGAUUAGUGCUAAGUAUUUGGGAAUUAUGCACCAAGGCUUGAUGCAUUAAUUAAAAAAAUGCCUUUUUUUUUUUUUUUUAAACAUUGCACAGUUUGACCCCAACAUGAAUGACAGAUCAGUUUAAUAUGCCAAAGGAAUCCAUAUUAAUAACACAUACUAUUUAGCUUAUAGUAUGAUGGUGUGGACAAAGGAGAUUGUUACUGUUUUUUUUUUUUUUUUUUUUAAUGGAGUAAAAAUAGGGCCCAUUACAUGAAGGCCUAUUUGAGUAUUUGAUGGCAAGUUAGUUAUCAAUUUAUAAAAUAGUUUGUCUGUUGCAUUCGUAUUCUUUAAUUCAUACUGUGGACAUGUAGUGAAAUUGCACACUUGAGUGAUUUUAAUUUGAAUGCUGACAUGUUUAUUUUUAACUUCUGUAUUUUCCCUCACGACAUGGUGAUAUUAUUUUAAAGGACACUUCAACUCUACUUUCAAGGCGAUACUGAGAUCGUAUUGUAUUUUGGAGACUCUUGAGACAGUCAAAAGAGGGCAAAGCACAUGUCCGGCAUGAUAAGUCUAAUGGAAAACAAUGCAUGCACUUGUAUUGCUGCUCUCAUUAUCUGGACAAAACUCUGCUGUCUGAAAUCAAAUAAAACCCAUGUGACUGAUA